AUGUCAUCUGCCAAACUCGAUCUUCUCGAUCAACUGGCUAUCAACCCAGCAAAUUAUGGCCUCAUCCAUCUCUAUGAUCAAGAGAACAGAUUGACUGCAUUCGAGUCGGGUGACUUGGAGGCUCGUUCCACCGUCAUCUUCAUAGGCGGUCUUGGUGAUGGCUUAUGUGCAGUCCCAUACAUAGACUUGCUGGCGGCAGCGCUCGAGGAAGUCAAUUUCUCCCUGAUCCAAGUCUUGCUCUCUUCUUCCUACGCCGGAUUCGGAUUCGGUAGCAUUGAAAAAGAUGCUCAAGAGAUACGCAAAUUGCUCAGAUAUCUCAGAACCAUCGGCAAAUCCCAAUUUGUCUUGCUUGGGCAUUCGACUGGGUGUCAGGAUAUUAUCAAGCUUUUCAACACCCAAAAUGAUUCAUCAAAUUCCAACUCGCUUGAUGGGGUUCUUGCAAUCAUCCUCCAAGCUCCCGUCAGUGAUCGUGAAUACAUAUUAGACACAUUGGGGGAAGAAGCAUAUCAGAAGUCUAUACAAGAGGCCCAGAAGCUUGUCGACGCGGGCCAAAACAAUGCGGCCGUGCCCUCCGAGUUUUCCGAUAUGUUCUCGGGCGGACGAUGUGCGAUAUCAGCUUCAAGGUGGCUCAGUUUGGCCAAAUCACUACAAGAUCAUCCAGCGGGCGAAGAUUUCUUUUCUUCUGAUCUGCCCACAGAACUCCUCACUGCCAACUUGGAACCUGUGGCUAAGAAUGGAGUGGCAGCAAUGGUCUUGAUCAGUGGCAGGGACGAGACGAUGCCUAGUAAGGUUGAUAAGGAACUUUUACUCAAACGUUUAGUCGAAGGUCUCGCUUCCUCAUCCGAUCCUGAUCAUGAGCAUUUAAAACCAAUUGCGGAAAGCUGGAGCGUCAUCCUAUCUGGUGCUGGACAUCAAGCUGAAGAGAUCAAACCAGAAAUCUGUACUCGGAUCGUCGAUUUCAUUGGUGCCGCCUUGGCUUGUUUAGAAUUGUAA